AUGGCGCAUCCUUGGACGGCGCUCGGCGUCGAUCCAGAUACGGACGGCGGCAUCGCCUACCUCUUUGGCUCGUCGGACGAUGCCGGCUCAUCGUCGGCGUUGACGGAAGCGGAUCCUGCCGCGAAGGCCUCCGCCUCGCGCUCGAGCGGCGCGGCGACGGCGGAGAGGGUAUGCUCCUCUUCGCCGCAGCUCUUGCCGGAGCGUACCGACGGCUUGUCUGAAGACGCCCCCCGGGCCAUCGGGCAACGGGUCGAGCGCAACGGCCAAUGGCCGCACGGGCGUGGUGUGGCGCCCGCGUCUCAGGACCAUCAGGACCGUCAGGAACAUUUUUGGAGACCGUCGGGGGGGCUCCAGGGGCGCUACAAACGGAGCGGCGUGGAGGGACUGCUUAGAGUGUUAUUAUAG